CUCCAGUCUGCUCUCCUCCCUGCAGCAGGUCGGGUCUCUGCUCUCUGAGCCGCCACAACAUUCCUGAGAGCAUUCCCAACUCCCGGGAAACAUUUUACUUGUUUUUAUCUGAGCGGUGAGUGUGGAGGAGCAGAGCCCGGGUGUUGGGGAUGGAUGCUGCUGAGAGAGACGCCCCGGUGAGCCGACUGGAGAGGAGCAGCCACACGGCGUUCAUAGAGAACAACACGCUGUAUGUGUGGGGAGGUUACCAGGUAGUCGCUGGAGAAGACGUCAUACUGCCCAGUGAUGAGAUAUGGCUCUGUGAUUUAGACAGCGGGACGUGGGAGCGGAGGGAGAUCACUGGAGACAAACCCUCAGACUUAUCAGGCUUCUGUGGCUCUUAUGUAAACGGCACACUCUACAUCUUUGCAGGAUGCGACCCCGUCGGAUACACAAACCAGAUGUACAGCAUUGACCUCACGGAGCCGAGCUGCUCGUGGAAGAAACUGACCGACACCAAGGGAGCGACACCUUCGCCACGAAACAAACACUCCUGCUGGGUACAUCGAGACAGAUUAAUCUACUUUGGUGGAUAUGGAUGUAAGACCAUAGGGGAGGUACGAAACACAUCAAGCUUUGUCGUGGAGGAGAUGUCCUGGUCAACGAUUGGAAACACAUUGUUCAGGUGCUGGGGCUGGAACAAUGAAGUCUGUGUUUUUGACAUACACACGGCUACAUGGAGCAUGCCGGAGACUCAGGGUCCUGCUCCUGGGCCCAGAGGCUGCCAUGCCAGUGCCCUUCUGGGCAACAAAGGUUACAUCUCUGGUGGCGUGGAAACAGCAGUGUUGGACAUGUUCUGCUUGGACCUGAAGACCUGGACCUGGACUCAAUUUGACAUCUCCUCAUCCUCUGGACCUCAGGGGCGCUCUAUGUUCACCAUGACGCCCACAUCAGACCACACGCUUUUCGUAUACGGAGGUCUCAGCGUAGAGGGGAAAACACUCAACGACACCUGGCAGUUUAACACGCAGAAGAGAGACUGGACCAAGAUGAGGAACCCACACAAGGACAAGCCCAGAGUGUGUCACACAGCGUGCCUGGGAAAUGACAAUGACAUCGUCGUGUUCGGGGGAAGCAGCAACAUGUGCAUCCUCAUGGACACGGUGGCUGUUCUGAGGUCUCCAACACAAACUCACUGCAAAGACGUGUUCGUGUUUCAGACCCAGCCGUACUCCCUCUACAGAUUGUGUGAAGACUUCAUAGGAAGCAACCCAGAGCUGUUCAGGAAGCAUCUGAACUGGCUGCCGUCAAAACUAUAUGACAAAGUGGCCAAGCGAGUUGCCUUCUUCUCCCCGACGGAGCCCGUUCUUACAGCUUGAAAAGCACUCAGUUUUUAAGAGCGACAAGAAUCUGAGCCGUUACAAAUAUUAAUUAUUACAAAACUGUUUUCAUGUUUCUGUGUGUUGGGAAUGUGUGUUAUUUUUCUGUGUUUAAUGAUUUAAAAAAAAGAAAAAGGUGCUACAGUUUCAUUGUUUUAACUUAAGUUUGCCUUAUUUUAAACAACACGUUUGGAUUUGGUUACAUUUUAAUCCAUAAAGUGAUUUAAUGAUGUGCAAUCUGUUUUUUGAAUAAAGGUACUGAUAUAUUGU